UGGUGUGUUACUUUCAUAGAGGGUGGAGUCCUCUCCUGAAAGGGAGAUAGAUGCCCUGCUCCUUUAUGAAAAACUGAAUUUGUGCUGUGUUCUGUUCAGAGCAGCUGCUGUGAGAGGGGAGAUUCCUUUUCCCAGAGGGCCUUGCCUUCCUUCACUGAUGAUUUUUGCUGAAGCAAUGAUGCCGUGCCUGUGGCUUAUACCAGGACUGCUGGUGUUCAGUCUGGCAGGUGCUAUAGAAAUCCAGGUCCCUGAUGACCCUGUGGUUGCCCUCUUUGGACGAGAUGCCACCCUCUGCUGUUCCUUCUCUCCCGAUGCCAACUUCAGCCUGGACAAGCUCAGUCUCAUCUGGCAGUUGACUGACACCAAGCGCCUGGUGCACAGCUUCUCUGGCGGGCAGGAUCAGCUAGCCGACCAGGGUGGAGGAUAUGUCAACCGCACGGCCCUCUUCUACGACCAGCUGCCCCAGGGCAACGUCUCACUGCUGCUGCGGAGGGUGCAGAUCUCUGACGAGGGCAGUUUCACCUGCUUUGUCAGAGUCCAGGACUACAGCAGCGCAGCUGUGAUGCUGCAGGUGGCUGCUUCGUACUCCAAACCCAAUUUGAAUCUGGAGCCCAACAAGAACCUGAAGCCGGGGGACCUGGUGACAGUGACUUGCCUCACCUUCCGUGGCUACCCGGAGGCUAUUGUCCUCUGGCAGGACGGCCAAGGCAACAACUUCACGGAGAACGUCACCACCUCCCAGGUGGCCAAUGAGGAAGGCCUCUUCGACGUGCAGAGUGUCUUGCGGGUGGUGCUAGAGCCCACCAGCACGUAUUCCUGCCUGGUGAGGAACCCUGUGCUGCAGGAAGAGACCCAGGCCUCCGUCACUAUCACAGGCCAACACCUCACAUUCCCUGCUGUGGCCCUGUGGGUGACCAUCGCUCUUGCUAUCUGCCUCCUUGGUUUGCUGGGUGCUUUGGCAUAUGUGUGCCGGAAGAAGAUUCGCCAGAGCUGUAAGGAAGAGGAAGAGAAUGCAGGCAUGGAGGAUCAGGACGAGGACGGAGAAGAACCCAAGACAGCUUUGCAGCCUCUGAAGAGUGCAGAGAACAAAGAAGACAACGAACAAGAAAUUGCCUGACAGGAACUGGAGCUGCACAAACAACACCUGGUGCCACAGCGUAGCAGGCAGCAUACCUUCAGAUUCUCCCAUGGGGAUGUACGAUAGGGAACACAGGAUCUUAUGAACAAUACAUCCCAGCCCUGUCAACCCUCACUACAUAUUCUGCCCGUAGAGACAACAGGUCACCAUAAACCCAUCCCCUCUCCACCCACAUGUACUUCAUAGACCUGGCUAUGCUACUAGGUUGGUCUCAUUUUUCUGUAGAUGUCAGAUAACUCUUCAUGCCUCACCAGUUUUUCUCUUCCAGGCUUAUGAAGCCCAAAAUCCAGUGGGCCUGCUUCUCUUGAAGGCUCAACAGCACUAGUGCAGAAUGGGUACCCCAUACUCUUAUUCAUGACUGUUCACACACGUUUUGCACUGUGUAAGUGACGACACGGAUGUAGAGCAAUGGGGAAUCAGGCUUACUGGGGGAGCCUAGGCAGUGACUGGAACCAGGCUCUGGCCUGCAAGGUGUUUUAACUCGUGUUUAUAUUUAAGGAUGUGUUCAAACUCUUUGCUGAGUCAGGUCAGAGUGCCCAGCACCUUUCCUGAAUGGAGCCCCAGUGCCUUAUUUUGGCACCAGAUGUCAAUGUCUUGGCCUUCAUAGUGCAUAAAUAAUGCAAGAACCAGUUCUGCUGCUGCUCUCCUGAUACCCCUGAGAACUGCAGCCCUCAGAUCCAUCCUGCCCAGGGAGGUCCUCCAUGCUCGCAACCCCCGGCUUGCCAAAGCCUCUGCUCUUCCCCCUCAUAUCAUCAUGGACCAAGCUCCAGGUUGUCCCCACAUUCCAAAUUCAGCUUUUAAAAAAGCAUGGAAGGGAUGAGAUGUCUUCCAGCGCACCCUAAAUACAGAGACCCUGAGAAUCAUUUUUUCUCCCCCUCCAAUCGGCCUUCCUUUCCAUCACCUCCGGGGGCCUGAAUUCCAACCACAACAACUCUCCUGCAUUCAGCCAAAGGGAGUGUGGGGAUAAUGGAACUGUCUGCCCCCAAUGUGCCUUUAGGGAUGAGAUUCAGUGGCUCCUUCCCAAAUCUCAAGACCUGAGGAGAUGAAGAGUGGGCUGGACAAGUUCUUUAAAGCUCCAUGGAGACAAAGAAUCCAGAUCCAGGCAGAAGAAGAGAUGGAGACAGGCCCAGCAGGGCCUUGGAGGAUCAAGUGCACGAGCUGGAAAGUAAACUUCAUGCUCGUAGCCCUGGUCAUGACAGAGGCACAGCUCCGGAGGUGCAUUAUUACUCAUAAUGUUGUAGCAUGGCAGCCAGCAGUUCUGAUUGUAUUUUCUUCCUUAAAGCAUGUGGGGACAGAUCUGUUUCUGAGAUAACUCCAUUAGGAACAAUGGUGCUAUGUCAGGGGUGGGUUUUACCUAGUGGA